AUGAACUCCGUGCAGGACCUAGGCAGAGACAUCUAUGAUCUUUAUGCGGAGUAUGAAGACGAGGAGGAGGAUCAAUUCCAGGUGUCUCCCUCCCACCUGCUGUUCUCUCCGACCAAACAUUGCAGUCUCAACAUCAACGUAGGAGGAACGGUGUACCGCCUUCCCUACAGGUUAGCUGCCAAGUACCCUAAAACACGGAUCGGCCGGUUGGCCACGUGCACAGACCAUAGCCUGAAGUUGGACCUGUGUGAUGACUACAUUGUCCAGAGCAACGAGUUCUUCUUUGAUCGAGAUCCCAGAAUCUUCCACAACAUCUUCAACUUUUACAGAACUGGAUUGUUGUGGAUUAAAGAUGAGCUGUGCCCUCACAACUUCCUGGAGGAGAUUAACUACUGGGGCAUCCGAAUCAAAAACAGUCCACACUGCUGCCGCAUCUCCUUUGAAGAGAGGCAGGACGAGCUGAAUGAGCAGCUGAAAAUACAGAGGCAGCUGAUGGCAGAGAUGGAGAUGGAAGAGACCGAGCUGUUAUUUCAUGACAUGGCCUUUGGGGAGACCCGGAGGAAAAUCUGGAACCUGAUGGAGAAGCCGUUCUCCUCUGUCACCGCCAAGCUGAUGGGGGUUGCCGCCUCCGUCUUCGUGCUGGUCUCUCUGGUUGCCAUGACGCUCAACACCGUAGAGGAGAUGCAGUACAAGACCGCGUCGGGCCAGCCCAGUGGUAGAUGCUAUGGCGAGUACGUUGAGACAUUCUGCAUCUUUUUCUUUACCCUGGAGUACCUGCUGCGCCUGGUGUCCACCCCUGACCUAAAAAGUUUUGGACGCAGCAUGCUGAACGCCGUCGACCUGAUCGCCAUCCUGCCGCACUACCUGCAGAUGAUCCUGGAGCAUUUCCAGAAUGAGGACAUACACUUGUAUUCAGGCGACAUCGAGACUGUAGCUCGUGUUGGAAAGGUGGGUCAGGUUUUGAGGAUCAUGCGUCUGAUGCGAAUCUUCAGAAUCUUGAAGCUGGCUCGUCACUCAACAGGCCUCAGAGCCUUCGGCUUUACACUGAGACGGUGCUACCAGCAGGUGGGCUGUUUACUGCUCUUCAUCAGCAUGGGGAUCUUCAUGUUCUCAGCCAUGGUGUACACUGUGGAGCAUGACGUUUCCAACACUAACUUCACCUCCAUGCCACAUGCAUGGUGGUGGGCCACUGUGAGUAUUUCCACGGUGGGUUAUGGUGACAUGCUUCCAGAGACCAACUUAGGCCGUAUCUUCGCCUUCGCCUGCAUCGCCUUCGGCAUCAUCCUCAACAGCAUGCCCAUUUCUAUCCUCUACAACAAGUUCUCCGAGUACUACACCAAGCUCAAGUCCCAUGAGUGCACUGCCAUCAGCAGGGCCCGUGAGAAGAUGCACUUCACCAGAAGGGCAGCAAAAAAAGCUGGCUGGGUACUGUGAGGAUGCCAUUCAGCAAAGGACGUCCCAGCUGUAUUGAGCUAUGUUUUAGAUUUCUGAAACGACAGUAAGAUCAGUCUGGAAAAUGAACAUCCUGAGAGAAGCCUUUCUGACCAUGGAUAUGCUGAACAGUCCUUUCAGAGGCUUGUUGAUGGCAUCACAGGAUCCUAUGCUGGGUUUUUUUCAGUGGAAUGGACACUGAAACUGCCACUUUGUGGAGUAAUGGAGCUGGAAAUAAACUGGACAUUCUUGUACACUGCUGACUUUUCCCAUUCAUAUCUUGUGACAUAACUAGCCUGCAGGAAUCACGGUGGUUGCAUUGUUCUUUAGGGGGAUAUUUAGUUUCGUUCCCUUUUAUCCAUCUUCUACACCCAUAUAUUCCUGUUAAACUUACCCCAGCAUGCACUGGGAGAAAGGCUGGGAAACUCCACCUUUUUAUUAUGUCACCAUAAAGCAAGCAGUACGGUUUCUGUCCUGGCCAUAGGGCAGUGGACUGGGUUCUCACACUUGCACGGUUACUGCAGAGGUCAUAGGAGUUUGCCAGUCCAGUCUACAUGUGUUUUGUAAACUUAGGGAAGGCCUACUUGUAUCCUUCAGUGGGUCUUUGAGGUAUUGCAGUAAUGUGGGGUUGCAGCACCAUUACUAUUCUACAUAGCCAGAGUUGUCUGUAUUCUCGACAUGAAGUCAAAAUGUGUACCUGUGAUAUUGGCCUCUGCUAAAAUUGGCCCUUGUCUCUGAUCCUGUUUGUGAUUUUGGUGGACAGGAUCCUGAGGUGCAGUCGAGGGGACGACUGCGUUCAGUUUGAGGACCUCAGAAUCGCUUCUCUGCUUUUUGCAGAGGAUGUGGUUCUGUUCAUUUCAUCACCGGCGACACACACUGGGGUUGUUUGCAGCUGAGUGUGAAGCAGAUGGGAUGAGAUCCAACACCACAUAGCCCGAGGCCAUGGUUCUCUGUCAGAAACCGCAUUGGUUAGUGAGUUGGUGCCCUAAACGAAGAAGUUUAAGUACAUCAGGAUGACUGACUCCAGCUAAGCAGUGGAAAAAACAGAGAUGGAUUAACUCCAUUUAUCUGCUUCAGUUUCAGUGUCCUGGUAUUGUUCCUACUGGCUCACUGCUACACCGGCCCACUGGGACAGCACAGAGCAAUUGUUAAUGUUAUUAGUAACACCUGUGCUUUUUGAAUAGUAACAAGUCCAAAUGUCUGCUGUGGAAUAGGACUAUAGCAGGUUGUCCAGGUGUGUGUGACAGAUAUCGUGAAUGAG